UCUGUACGAGUUUGUGGUGAUGCCUUUUGGCCUUUGCAAUGCUCCUGGCACCUUUCAGCACGCUAUGAAUCGGGUAUUCCAUGACUACUUGGAUAAGUCUGUCGUCGUGUACCUCGAUGACAUACUUAUUUUAGGUAAGACUGUCAAGGAUCACGUAGCACACUUAGACAAAGUUCUCAGUCUCCUGCGACAGCACAAGUUCAAGAUCAACGGUGAAAAGUGCGAGUUUGGCCGCACCCGUAUCUUGUACUUGGGUCAUGAGAUCUCCGCGRAAGGGUUGAAGCCCGAUGACGCGAAGGUGGCCAGCAUUCGUGAUUGGCCACGACCUCAGUCUGUGACUGAGAUGAGAUCUUUCUUAGGAAUGACAGGCUACUACCGAACUUUUGUAAAGAACUAUAGCAUUGUGGCCGCUCCUUUGACUGAUCUGACCCGCCUUGACACCCCGUGGGAGUGGACAGACGAGUGCGAGGCUGCUUUUAGACAUCUGAAGCAUGCAUUGACGCACUAUGAAGUCUUGAAGCUACCCGAUCCUGAUAAGCCAUUUAUAGUAACCACGGAUGCUAGCCAAUAUGGCAUUGGCUCCAUGCUUGCGCAGCAGGAGGGGCCAAAGUUGAGGCCAAUUGAGUACAUGUCCAAGAAAAUGUCGUCUCAGAAGUUGGCUAAGUCUACUUAUGAGAAGGAACUCUAUGCGGUGUACAAGGCUCUCACCCAUUGGAGACACUAUCUCCUUGGGCGGUUCUUCAUCCUCCGGACUGAUCAUCAGACCCUGAGAUGGAURAGAACACAAYCGGURCUCUCAGAUGCUCUCAAGCGWUGGAUCGAAGUCAUUGAGCAAUAUGACUUUGACCCUCAGUAUCUCAAAGGGGAGUACAACAAGGUUGUUGAUGCCUUAUCGCGCAGACCGGACUUCUCAGGUGCGCUGAUUACUGAGUUCGAUCUGACGGASGAUGUUACUCAGUCUUUGGUGGAMGCCUAUCGUCAGGACCAGUUUAUGUCUGAGAUCAUACGCAGACUAGAGGCGAAGGAUAAGAAGACCUCCGCCGAGUUUGAGUUGGUCAAUGGAUUGUUGUUCCUAGAGAAGGCAGGGAAUAAACGCUUGUGUGUUCCAAAUAGCGAGUCAUUGCGUAGUUUGUUUUUAGGUGAGUGUCAUGAUGCCAAUGGCCAUUUUGGGUACAAAAAGACCGCAACCAACUUGCUGCAGUGGUUCUGGUGGCCCACGAUGAUGAAAGAUGCACAGCUGUACGUGGAAACUUGUCAAGUAUGCCAAAGAGACAAGCCCCGUACUCAGGCUCCUCUUGGGCUGCUCAAGCCCGUUCCGAUUUCGGAAAGGCCGGGUGAAAGUUUGUCCAUGGACUUCAUGGAUACGCUGGUCACCAGCAAGAGUGGGAUGAGACAGAUCUUUGUCAUCGUGGAUAGGUUUAGUAAGUUUGCUAGAUUAAUAGCUAUGCCAGAAACAACAAAGACCGAGUAUGUGAUCAGGUUAUUUAAAGAGAACUGGGUCAGAGACUUUGGACUGCCGAAGUCAAUUGUCAGUGACAGGGGCGUCAGGUUUACGAGUGAAUUGUGGAAGGCCGCUGCAGUUGAACAAGGAACUCAACUGCAGAUGACUUCUGGAAAUCAUCCAGAAGCUAAUGGCCAGGCUGAACAAAUGAACCGCGCUGUGCAACACCUGUUGAGGCACUACAUCAAGCCCAAUCAGGUAGACUGGGACGAAAAGCUUGCUCUAGUCGCCAAUCUAUAUAACAACGUUGUACACAGUGCUACCGGGACAAGUCCUAACAGUCUACAACUGACAUUCAAGCCUAGACUGCCCUUAGACUUCCUACUUCCAGACAACCAGUCAACUGCUACACCGGGCACUUUGGAGUUCGCCUAUAGAUAUGAACAGAAGAUGCAGGAGGCUGUAGAACACAUGCAGAAGGCGCACGCAGCAAUGAUAGAGUCUGAGAAUAGACACCGCCGCCCUUCUACAUUCCAGGUUGGGGACAGAGUCUGGGUCAGGAGUUCAGAAUUGGGACAGGAGUUCGGAAUAUCACGCAAACUCAUGCCUCAAUACUUUGGGCCUUGGGAAGUUCUAGACGUAGUAGGGACAGAUCCUGAUGGCCCAUCAUAUGUCAUCCGUAUCCUUGGUCAUCUCAGAACUCACCCUGUCUUUCACGCCUCUAAGCUCGCUGCGUUCGAGGAAACUGAUCAGUUUCCCUCUCGUCGGUCAAUGCUGCCCCCAACCAUGGACGGAGAAGUCGACAUCGAUGAUAUCGUCGAUCAAAGGAGAUGCCUGUUCAGAAGCCUCCAGGAAGGGGACGUCCUCCAAAGCCAAAACUGCAGUUCCGUGUUCGCUUCAAACGGGGAUAAAGUCAGGGGUGGUGAAGUGGUUGAAGUAGAGACAGGGGGGGCAAUCGUAGAUGAGACCCGAAGAUGGGACUCUGCAGGUGGUAAUGCAGGCGUGGUCACGGAUGCCAUGGAGGAACGCACCGAGACCAAGGGCGACAAAGCAGCUGCGCUGGUCACGGAUGCCAUGGAGGAACACACCGCGACCAAGGGCGACACAACAGCUGCGGUGGCACCGGAUGCCAUGGAGGAACACACCGAGACCAAGGGCGACAUAGCAGCUGCGGGUCGAGUUGCUCCCGCGGAAUCAAUCGUAGAAGCAACCAAGGCCGAUGAGGAAGAGGCUCCAAACCGAAAAGGAGCAGCCAAGGUCACAAACGGCAUGGAAGGGGUUACUAAGACUGAUGAGGACGCAUGUGCGGUAGACGCAAGCAAUGAAGAAGAGGCAGUGAUAGGUGCGACAGGCGCCGAUAAUGAAGAAGGGGUUGUGACAGGUGUCGUCCGAGGACAGUGUGUGGAUACCCGAGAAAGCGGGUGAUGAAUAGACCAUCGAAGCAUGUUGCGGA